AUGUCCUCGAGGCGGGUACCUCUGACGAGUAACCCCAAUGUCGCCAACUCUCCGCUAAGAGGACCUUCUACCCUCAACGCAUAUGCAAAGCAAAAGAGAUCCUACGCCAAUGUUCAACGCGAGGAGACCUACGGCCAGCCUCCUCCUGUCAAGAAGCAGGCUCUCGACAACGGUUCUCUGCGUGCAGUUCGUUCUCCCUCCAAGGUGUCCCGCACCCAAGUGCUAGUACAACGGUCCGGUACGCGUCCGGUUGCAAAAGAUCGUUCUGCAAGGGCGACCCAGGCAGCUACCAGAACUGUCCAAGAUGUUGACACGGAGAAGGAAGUGUGGAAAAAGCACCAUAGGGCUAAAUUCCCUAAGAUGGUGUUUUACUUUGAGAGCAUCCCUGAUGAUAUCAGAGCCAAGCUAACGAAGCGAGUCACCUAUCUCGGCGCUCGUCAAGAGCCUUUCUUCUCAAUUGACGUAACUCACGUUGUUACUACUCGGUCGAUCCCACCCGAAAAGUCAGAACCCCAACAUGAAGCAGCUCUGGAGCAAGAGCAACAAGAACCGGAAGAACAGCCACAAACCAUCAACCCGUCCCUGUUGGACCGGAACACUGCGGCCGGUCGACGGAAGCUACUAUUUGACUUCAGGCAAACGCAAAUUCCAUCCCAGCAGGCUGAUGAUAAUACAAGACGGACCAAGGGCACUCGCAAUAAUGACGUUCUCCACAAAGCUCGGGAAAUGGGGAAGAAGAUUUGGUCUUUGGACAAGUUUCAAAACAUGCUCUCUGUGCUUCUGGAAUCAGAAGCGCAAAGCACGACUUACACAUCAAGGACUGCAACUGUCAGGAGCCAGUACGGUGCGACAAAGGGCUCACAUGAACCCAAUCUGCUUCAAUUGUUGCAUAAUGAGCGCCUCAACGGCCCAUCGGAUCGCGACCCCACUGCUGUGAACAGAGAGUUGGUUUACUUCAAAGGCCCAUAUAUCUAUGUCUGGGAUAUGGAUGAGAAGCACAAGCCCAUUAUGGUUCGCGAGUACGCCAAGGUAGUUAACAAACAGGACGGUGAAUGGCCGCAGUUUCGAAGCGUUGGGAACGGACGCUGCCCGUUCGUGGAAGAAAUUGACGUCCCUGAUAAGGAACAACGCCGCAACCGUGAGCGCGAGAAGGCAGCCCGAGCGGCUAAGAAAGAGGAACCCGUUCCAAUUCUGAAGCCCCCUGAGAUUCCUGUGCCUAAGCCAGUCACUGGAAAGCGAACCCUGACGGAAAUGGAGGAUGGCCAGAAUCGGAUAAGAGUAGCUCCGUCAACGGAAGUGUUCAAUCCUGCCAAGGCAGUUCUCUCGAAGCAGGCUGAAAUGAAGCCGCAGAAUGCCUUCACUAGCCGCGCCGAAAGUGCCAGGCUAUUUGCAGGUGAGCCAGUGGCCUCCGGCAUGCAACCAUCCAAUGUCACAUCGGCCAUUCGCUCCCAGAUGAUCUCAUCCACGUCCGGUAUCAACGGCACCAAGGCCGGAACAAGUAAAGAGGUUCAUGGCCUUCAGAGAAAAGUGCUACAGAAAGCCAACCCUACAUCUCAUGAUGUUAGCUCUCGACGUUUUGCAGACGUUUCCAUGGAAGUUGCAUCUAGUCGAUCGACAACCAUGAGUCGUCAAACAUCCAGGGCUGUCCAGCCUCACGAUGACGAAUCGCAAAGAACCGAGAGCAGAGAGAAAAAGUCAAACUCGCAGCCUCUAAAGAGCAAGCGAGAUCUGAAACCUGGCUAUUGUGAAAAUUGUCAGGAUAAGUUCCGAGAUUUUGAUGAGCAUAUCCUGUCUCGGAAGCACCGCAAAUUUGCUGAAAAUGAAGACAACUGGACCGAGCUGGAUUUAUUACUCGAGCAACUAAAACGCAUGCCGAAAUAUGCUGGCGCCGAGUCUGACGACGAAAACGAGUGGUAG